UCGGCCCCGGGACGCGCGCAGCCGGCCCGCAGUUGCCGCCGUCGUCCGCAGAGCCAGUGCCUAGCGCAGAGCCGCGCCCGCCAUGAGGGAGAUCGUGCACAUCCAGGCGGGCCAGUGCGGGAACCAGAUCGGCACCAAGUUUUGGGAAGUGAUCAGCGAUGAGCACGGCAUCGACCCGGCCGGAGGCUACGUGGGAGACUCGGCGCUGCAGCUGGAGAGAAUCAACGUCUACUACAAUGAGUCAUCGUCUCAGAAAUAUGUGCCCAGGGCCGCCCUGGUGGACUUAGAGCCAGGCACCAUGGACAGCGUGCGGUCCGGGCCUUUUGGGCAGCUUUUCCGGCCUGACAACUUCAUCUUUGCCCAUCUGCACAGGGGAACUGAGGAGAAACAGGAAUGAAGAGUGGGCGACAAAGAGAAAGCAUCCCUUCCCACACGCCAAGAGUCCAGUGCAACGAUCCCUGCCACACGGUCAGCCGACCCCACUUGGUGCCACAGGGUCCAGCCUCGGCCACUCUGGGCUCAACCUUUCCAGCACGUCUGGGAGCCCAGUGAGGCUAUGGGACAGUGUGCAUUUCCUUCAAGGCCUCCGGAAAGUCACCUGCCACCCACUGUGACCUCUGAGGCUGAAAGGACUAAGGACUCCUUUCCCCAUCAUUUCAGCUGGGCCAGUGGCUGGCUAAAAUCAGCGCAGCGUUCCCAUUCUUCUGAAAGCCACAGCUGAAAUAAUGCACCAGCUGAAACCACAGUGGACAGACUGAGAUGGCCUCCCUCUGGGCCUCUAGUUGGCAACUUUCUCACCCGGGGGCUCCUCUUUCUCCUUUUCCCGCUCCUUGUUCCAGUCCUUAAGGCCUUCUGGAAGUGAGGUGUCCUCAUCCAAGCUGCCAGUGCCUUCCACAAAUUCUUCAUAGGUAGAUUUUUCCGCAAAUGGUCUGGGGCCCAAAAGUUCAACCAUAUCAUUCUUAUCUAAUACUUCUUUUUCUAACAACAGAAGAGCAACCUGAAAUAUGAACAAUUUUCAUUAAAUACAGUUACUCAGCGAAGUCUAUUCAGAAAUAUUAAUUUUUUAUUUACAGGUGACCCCAUUCCAAAAAAGGAUUUAAGACCAAUGAAAAAGAUGUCUCAUACAUAAGGUUGCAUAGUUUUAGAGUAAGAUGUGCAAAAUAUCAAAGCAACCAAUGUCCAUCUGUAAGGGAUACAUUUCCAUACUAGACAUAUUUCCACACAUCUGCACAAUGAAUGCUGACCAUCUAUAAUAAGGAGGAAGCUGGCCGGGCGCGGUAGCUCGCGCCUGUAAUCCUAGCACUUUGGGAGGCCGAGGCGGGUGGAUCACAAGGUCAAGACCAUCCUGGCCAACAUGGUGAAACCCUGUCUCUACUAAAAAUGCAAAAAAAUAGCUGGGCAUGGUGGUGUGCGCCUGUAGUCCCAGCUACUUGGGAGGCUGAGGCAGGAGGAUCGCUUGAACCCGGGAGGUGGAGGUUGCAGUGAGCCAAGAUUGUGCCACUGCACUCCAGCCUGGGCGACAGAGCGAGACUCCUUCUCAAAACAAACAAACAAAAAAAAAAAAAUAGGAGGAGGCUGUGUAUGUUCUAUAUACAUCUCAGAGAUACACACUUCAAUUAAAAAAACAAGAUGUUCAGUGUGCACAGCAUCUUACGUUUGCUUUUCUGAGGUGAUAGGAAUGUAUCUCUUUAUGUGCAUUAAAGCAGAAUAGGCAGCCAAGUGCGGUGGCUCACACCUGUAAUCCCAGCACUUUGGGAGGCCGAGGUGGGCGGAUCACCUGAGGUCUGAAGUUCGACACCAGCCUGGCCAAAAUGGCGAAACCCCGUCUCUACUAAAAAUACAAAAAUUAGCCAGGCACAGUGAUGGGUGCCUGUAAGCCCAGCUACUCAGGAGGCCGAGGCAGGAGAAUGGCUUGAACCCAGGAGGCAGAGGUUGCAGUGAGCCGAGAUCGCGCCAUUGCACUCCAGCAGCCUGGGCAACAGAGCAAAACUCGGUCUCAAAAAAAAAAACAGACUAGGCAGGAGCCAUUAGCUUAGGGCUUUUUCUGUACCCAGAACCCAUCCAUACACAAACUGGAACUUAACCUAGAGGCAUUCUUUGUAACUAACUUCAAAUUAAGCUUCUACCAAUCAUAAACAGCCAACCAGCCAACUGUGGCAGAACUUGGGACCAUGCAUUGGACCACACAAAUAAGGCAAAUGCCCAGCAGUAGCCAAUCAAGCAGUCAUGCACCACUAACGACGUUUCAGUCAAUGAUGGGCCACAUGCAGAUGGUGGUCCCGUAAGAUUAUAAUACCUUAUUUUAACUGUACCUUUUCUAUGUUUAGAUGUGUUUAGAUACCAUAGUGUUACAAUGGCCUGAAGCAUUCAGUACAGUCACAUGCGAGCAGGUAUGCAGCCUAGGAGCAAUAGGCCACACGACACAGCCUAGGUGUGCGGCAGGUGUAGCGCACUCUGAUGCCUGCACGACGACAAAAUCAACUGACAGCAAACUCCUCAGACCGUAUCCCCAUCAUUAAGCAACACAUGACUGCAGUUUCUUUCGUUGCUUCUAGGCUCAGCCUACAAAAGCUUGCUGCUCAUGCUGCUGGAGCAGAGCUCUGAACUUCUAAUUCUGAGGGCUGCCCAAUUCCCAAACUGUUCUUUGCUCAAAUAAACUUAUUUGUUAAAUUUA